CAUGAUGGGAAGGUCCUGGUAGCAAAGGGGAGGGUUAAGUUUCUGUCCUUUAUUCCUACACACCCAUUUCUUCCUACUCCUGUCCUUCAGAAAUUUCACUGACUUGCUUACCUCCAGUGUUCAAGAUUCAUCGAUCCAGGAAAUCAGGAUUUCCAAUCUACCUGAUUUCGUCCACCAAGUUUUGCCAGCUCUACGCAGAUGACCUAAUCCCUACAUUUCUUGCUGAGAAAACCAGGAGCCCUUUUCGUUCCAGAGAAUCUGAGUGUCCUGGUUGCCACUCCUUGCUUUAAUUUACCAAGCCCAGAAAUACUAACCACCUGCUUCCUCGGCCCCCACGUACAACAAUGAGCUGCAACUUGCUCCUCUAUGGGCUACCUGCCUUGGGAAUCUAUGCGCUGGUAUCUCACUGUCUUCGGAAGAAGCCACAUCUCCUUCACAAACCACACAGGUUUCCCGUUCGAUGCUUACAUGUCUCCCACAGGGGUGGUGCUGGAGAGCAGAUUGAGAACACUUUGGGCGCCUUUAAAAAUGCACUGAGCCAGGGGACAAACCUGCUUGAACUUGAUUGCCACAUAACCAAAGAUGGGAUUGUGGUUGUGUCCCAUGAUGAAAAUCUGAAACGCCAGACUGGGCACAACAUUGAUAUCAGCCUCACGUACUAUAAGGAUUUGCCACCCUAUCAGUCUUCUCUGGAGGUGACCUUUUCUCCAGGCAGGGUCUCCCAUGGUACUGAUCACCAGAUUCCUCGUUUGGAAGAGGUUUUUGAGCAAUUCCAUGGAAUCCCUAUUAAUAUUGAAAUUAAAGAGGAUAAUGAUGAUCUCAUCAAUAAGGUAGCACAACUUGUCCAGCAAUACCAUCGUUCCCACAUCAGCAUCUGGGCCUCCUUCGAUAACCGAAUACUGAAAAAAUGCCGGAAAGCUAAUAAAGACAUGCCCUACGUCUUCUCCAAGAACAGAGGCCUCUGCAUGCUUGGUCUCUGGUAUGUUGGACUCCUGCCCUUCUUCCCUCUGAAGGAAUCAUUCCUUGAAUUCAUGCUGCCCUCGAUCAUAAACAGGACGUAUUUUCCAGUGAAAAAGGGCAGAUUUGGAUCACUACUGGCAAAAUUUACCACCAAGAUGACAAUGCAUAAACAGCUGUUCAAACAUCUGGAAGACAGAGGAAUACAAACUCUUCUUUGGGUUUUGAAUGAAGAAAAAGAUUUUGAAGAGGCCUUUAGCUAUGGGAUCUCUGGAGUCAUGUCUGACUACCCAACUCUUCUUCGACAGUACCUGAAUGCUCAUCCACCUCCACCUUCCAACGUAUAAGUUGUAAUGUUGUAAAGUUGUAAUGUUGUUUUAGAAUCAUUGUUGACAUUUCUGAUGAUGGGGAAUGGAGAGAGGGGGAAAAAAUCAUGUAAAAGAUAGGAAACUCAAAAGUAUAUUUUACCUGUGGAUACUGUAAGAGGAAGACUCUGAAACAAAUAAAAAAUUUUGUUACCAGUGUGGGGCAAUCUCAGUAACUGAGUAACAUAUAUUACACACUGUAGCAAGGGACAGAAGAUAUGGGAGAUUGGGAGGUCAUCGUUCUGUUACAAUCCUAUUUGUAGAACAGUGACAUUGUCAGCUUGCAAAGCACCCUGGCCUGGAUCCCUGGAGUUACAGAUGUUUUUCCAAGUUGAUUAAACGGAACAAAAAGACGAAGAGGACAAUUCUCUCAU